AUGUCAGCCUCCCUGGGCUACCCCCCUGCUCCAGCCCCUGUGGUCCCAGCAGCCUCCUGCCUCCCGCACAGCUUGCUCUCCCUGUUCCUGAACAGACCAAGAGGGCAGCAGCACCCUGACCCCCAGCCUCCUCUCCCCGGAGACAGGCCAAGCCUCUUUGGCCGCUUUGUCCACAGGAAGCUGGAAGCGGCUGCUGCCGAAGCCAUCAGGGAGGGGGCCGGAGAGGGUGGGCCUUUGCCCGAGGAGAGCCAGGCUGCCUUGCCGCCCGGCAAGGGGCAUCGGGUUCAGGGCAGCGGUUUUGUCCUGGGCAAAGGUGUGGCUGCAGUGCCAGCCAGCACGGGGCGCCCCGACGGACUCGAGGGGGCGGAGACCUCGAGGGGGCGGGGCGCCCCGGGAUCCCCUCCCUCCGGCGCAGCCAUGCCGGGGCCGCGGAAGCGGCUUCCUCGCGAGCAGGAGGCGGAGGCGGCGGCGGAGGCGGACGGGACCCUGGCCGAGGCGCCCUCCCCGCCCCGCCUGGGCGCCGCCUUCUUCGACCAGCCCUGCGUCCGCCUGGCCAGGGCGCUGCUCGGACAGAUCCUGGUCCGGAGGCUUCCGGAUGGGAGGGAGCUCCGGGGACGCAUUGUGGAAACGGAGGCCUACCUGGGAGGAGAUGACACCGCGUCCCACUCAAGGGGCGGGCGGCAGACUGCAAGAAACACGGCCAUGUUCAUGGCGCCGGGCACUCUGUACGUGUACCAGAUCUACGGGAUCUACUUCUGCAUGAACAUCUCCAGCCGAGGGGAGGGGGCAGCCGUCCUGCUGCGCUCCUUGGAGCCCCUGCAGGGCCUGGAGACGAUGAGAGAGCUGCGCCUGGCUCAGCGGAAAGGGGCCACCCGCUCCCUCAAGGACCGGCACCUGUGCAACGGGCCUUCCAAGCUCUGCCAGGCCCUGGCUGUGGACAAGAGCUUCGACCAGCAGGACCUGGCCUGCCACCCGGCCGUGUGGCUGGAGCCCAGCCUGGGGGCGCCCAGGGAGGAAGACGUCAUCUCCGCUCCCCGCAUUGGCAUCAGCGGCGAGUGGGCACAGCAGCCACUGCGCUUCUACGUCUGGGGCAACCAGUGCGUGAGCGUGACGGACAAGGGGGCCGAGGGGGCCAGAGCAAGUCAACUGCCAGCGGAGGCCUCUCUCUGCUGCUGAUGCCCAGGAACUGGGGGGUGAGGGGGCUUCCCGGGAUGGGGAGAAGAACAGGGA